AUGCGUCUCCGGGAAAAGGCAUGGACCGGGUCCCCGCUUCAUGUGUAUUUACUAUUUACGACCUUCGGUUCUUGCAGAGAGAAGGGAAGCAAAGCAUUUCAUUUGUGCGUAUUUACAUUAUCCAGCGAACAUUUUGUGAGUAAGAGAAGCAAAGAAGAAUAUAAGAGAAUUCAAUGACAGGUGUUGCAGAGAGAUCAGAAGGUGUUACUCUCGAAGGGUUGAGGAAGAGAAUGGCGGAGUUUGCAAAGGAAAGGGACUGGGAUCAAUUUCAUAGCCCCAGAAAUCUCCUUCUGGCUCUGGUGGGAGAAGUGGGAGAGCUGUCCGAGAUAUUCCAGUGGAAGGGGGAGGUUCCAAGAGGACUGCCCGAUUGGAAAUACGAAGAGAAGGAACACCUGGGUGAAGAGCUUUCGGACGUACUGCUUUACCUUGUUAGGGUCUCUGACAUAUGUGGCGUUGAUCUUGGUAAAGCUGCUCUCCGUAAGCUGGAACUCAAUGCCAUUAAAUACCCAGUCAAGCUCUGCGAGGGCUCCUCCAAAAAGCCCACGCAAAUCAACGUGACAGACAACAACGAUGGCAAUUCUAAUGGUGGCGUUACGGCCAUCAGCAACAGUGACAGAAAAAGCCGCAGUGAUGGUGUGUGAUCUUCCUCUGAUUUUAUGUCCCCUUGACUUAUCCUCUCUCCUUUUAGGUUCUUGGAGUAUUGGCAAUGGCUAGUCAUUGUCAAAGUCAAGUGUAAAUUUUACCUUUUUUUAUCACAAAAUUUCUACAUUGAACUAGCUAUAGCCAUAUAUUUUAGUUUUGAGCUACAGUAACUUUCCCCACCUAGCUAUAUUUGGCUAUACACUAUUGAAGGACCAAAUGAGUUUUUUAUUAUUU